UGUGAAGGGGUAAAGACUGGGAGGGAUGAACCUGGGCUCUUUUUAUUACAUCCGACUGCCCUGUGUUCUCAAUCUUUCAGUGCAACCACCCUUAUUGGACAGUUUGGGGACCAGGAAUUAAAAGAGAGGGAAGGCAUCUCACGGCGAGCCUUGGUGGGAGAGUUCCUUCUAAAAGGGUCUGGGAACAGCCUGCAUAUAUGCUCAAGCUCUGCCCAAAAGAAGAGAGAGCCACAGUAGGGUGAGCCUUGAGAUAACAAAUGAUGGGGAUUAUCUCAGUCCCUCCAGAGCUCCCUUAUCUCCAUGUCACACUAGCUAGCCACUCUUUUUAACCUGUCCCUACUUCAAUGGUCUUCAACUGGAGGAAGUCAGGACUCAGACAGAUUCUAUCUCUGAAAAGUCAGAGGAAGCGGAGAUUGGGACAUUAUGGAUCCACGUCAGGAAGCUGACUGCAGAGCUACGAGUUCUACUGCUCCUGGUGAUGAUGAUGAUGAUGGCCCCAAGAUCAUCAUCCAUCCUGGGAUCUCCGAUAAAGAAAAGAAAUCUGUGGACAACCGGCAGAAACGUAUCUUGGGCAUGCUACAGAAAUUGGACAUCAAAACCAGCAAGGCCCCCGUGGUUGCUGUCCUUGGUUCUGGAGGAGGCCUAAGAGCAGCCAUAGCCUGCCAAGGUGUUCUGGGAGAACUGAACCAUGUGGGCAUCUUGGAUUUGACCACAUAUCUUGCUGGGGUCUCUGGCUCCACCUGGUGCAUGUCUUCCCUCUAUGUCCGGAAAAACUGGCAGGACCACCUAGCGGAAGCUGAGGAGGAGCUGAAAGUGAGACUCCAGGAGGGUUCCUGGAACCCAGGCACUGCCCUCAAAGGCAUCCAGGAAGCAGCCAGGCGAUCAGAGAAUUUCUCCUUGACAGAUAUCUGGCAAUAUACCCUUGUCUACUACAUGACUAAAGAACUACUUGGUUCCAGUCUAUCUGAGGUGAGAACCCGGUCGGAGGAAGGAGAGGUGCCGUACCCCAUAUUUGCUGCAAUUGAUAAUAGUCUUUUGUCUGAAUGGAACGAGAAGAAGUCUUUGGAGACUUGGUUUGAAUUCACUCCCCAUGUGGCGGGCUACCCACUUCCUGGUGCCUAUGUCAGAACAACCCAUUUUGGGAGCAAAUUCAAUGGAGGGAAGCUCAUCAAAAAGGAAAAAGAGAAAGAUUUUGCCUACCUCAGAGCAUUAUGGGGUAGUGCAUUGGCUGACAAAGAGACUACCCAAAGAACCAUCCAACAAUUCAUCUGGUCCUUUUUAAGCCAGCAGGACAUCAAGAAGGUGUCUAUGUCUGCUACAUAUGAAUGUAGUGACGAACAUGAUGCAGAAAGUUACAUGUUAUCCCUGAAAGAGAAACUCAGCAGCUUGGAAGACGAGCAUGAGGAUCGCUCGGAACAGAGUUUUUCCCUUAGAGAAAUGUAUGGAAGCUUUUCAUUUGGCAUGCUGCCAGUCUUGCAGUCUUUGUUCACAUGGACUUGGGGGAGUACCAACAACUUUCUGUACCAGCAUGAAGGUCUCAAGGAUAAACCUCUAGACGGUAUGGAAAGCAAGGAAAAGCUACAUUUGAUGGAUGCUGGCUUGGCCAUCAACUCUCCCUAUCCCUUGGUUCUCCCUCCAGUGAGGAACACUCAGCUAAUCCUGUCCUUUGACUUCAGUGAAGGGGAUCCAUUUGAGACUAUUAAGACCACAGCAGAAUACUGCAGUGCCCAUGGCAUCCCCUUCCCUGAGUUGGAUGUGGCUAAGCUGAACCAAGAAGCUGAGGCUCCCUCUGACUUCUACAUCUUUGAAGGAAAGGAGGGUCCUGUGGUCAUGCACUUCCCACUUUUCAACAAAGUGAACUGUGGCAGCAGAGAAAACAUCAGUAAUAUGGCCAAGACCUAUAAGACAUUCCAACUUGGAAAUUAUUCCCAAGAAGAUGUUCAUCAGCUGCUGGAGCUCUCGAAGGCGAAUGUCAAGAACAACAAGGAGAAGAUCAUGGAAAAGAUCCGUGCCCUGGCCAAGGAAGCCCCGCCGGCAGAAAAAUAGGCUUGUCGGGUGGCUUCUGCCAGGUUAGAGUCACUCCCAGGGAGCAUGUCUCCAGGGCAAAUGCUACUUUCUCUGUCUGUUUGUUCUGCCAGUCAUUUGACUGUUCAAGGUGUGCUCCUCUUAGCUGGUUGUUUUCUCAGGCUCAGGAACCCGAUUGAUCUGCUACUUAUACUCUUCCCCUGCUCAGCAGCACAGGCCCUGGGAUGCCUCUCUGUCAUACUACUUCACCUGCACUGGCCCCAGCUCCAGCCCCAAGAAAAUGUGCAUUUUGCCCCCCAGAAUGGAAUUCUUUCAUUCUCCUGCUCCGCUCAGCUCUAUUGCGAGAAUUCUUAGAAGGAAUUAAAAAGCAUUUGUUACACACUUA